GUUAAUACUUCAACUCCAUAAAGAUUCUAAAAGAAAACCUUCGUCUUAAACCCUCUCCGUCUUGUGUGUACUUCCUUAGAUUCCAUACUUAAAAUUGUACACACAAUUAUAACUAGUUUAUGCGAUAAUGGGUAAUUGCGUAUGCAAAGGCAGUGGUGGUUCAAGAAAGUUAUACGAUAAAGAUGAUUUGUUAAUAAGAGUUGUGACUCCAAACGGCGGCGUCAUGGAGCUUCAUCCUCCAAUCUCCGCCGACUUUAUCACCAACGAAUUUCCCGGCCAUGUCAUCCACGACACCUUAAGCAUCCGCCACUCAUCUCCGCCGCUUCUACACGGCGAAGAGCUCUUUCCCGGUAACAUAUACUACCUCCUCCCUCUUUCUUCCUCCACAGCCUCAACCGCUCAACAACACUACACCGACCAAUUAGCAACGCCGUACAGAAUGUCUUUCGGAAAAACGCCGGUGAAAGCGGUUUCGAAUGGCGGCGGCGGAGGCGGUAGCGGGGUGUGGAAAGUGAGGCUUGUGAUAAGUCCGGAGCAGUUGGCGGAAAUUCUUGCGGAGGAUGUAGAAACAGAAGCGUUUGUGGAAAGUGUGAGGACGGUGGCGAAGUGCGGUGGUCAUCGCGGCGGAGCUAACUGGAGAGCCAAUUCAGACCAGUUAAGCAUUACGAGUAGUUUCAAAGGCCAGUUAAGGUGAACUUUCGAAUAUGUGUAAACUAACGUUUAUGUAAUUCUUCUACGUUAAUUAUCUUUUAAUUUGUUUCA